AUGAAUAGAAAGAAGAAAAGUUUUCACAAAUCACCCUUCUUCCUCUCUAAGAUAAAGAGGAAGAAAACUUGUAUCAAAUCUGAACCCCAAUUUUAUUUACCUGAUGAGUGCUGGGAGCAUGUCUUCAAAUUCAUCAUCAACGGGGACGACGGUGAAACUGAAAAGGUCAAAUUCAUCAUCAACGGGGACGACGGUGAAACCGAAAAGAAACACAGAGUCUUGUUUAAAUCUCUAUCUCUCGUCUCUAAACAGUUUCUCUCCAUCACCGAUCGACUCAUUUUCUCUAUCAGUAUUUCCGAUCAUCCAUCCCAUCUUCUCCCCCGUGUCUUCCAUAGGUUCCCCAACCUUAAUUCCCUUCACCUCUGCUUCGGCCUUCGUCAUCUCGACUCAACCAUUGCUUUGGCUCUCCGUGACAGAACAACAUUGAAAUCUUUAUCUAUUUCCAAUAUUGAGCUAAAGGAUGCAAACUGCGAUACUUCGCACUAUAUUGAUUCAUUCGUGAGUUUGAAGGGUUUGAAUAUUCUUAAGUUCUGUUAUUCGCAUAUCUCAGAUGAUUUGCUAUAUUCUAUUGCAAGGGAAGCUCUUCCUUUGAAGACCUUUGUUCUCAAUAAUUGUAGCGGUUAUAGUUACGAUGGAAUUUAUUCUUUGUUAUCCAAAUGUCAGGGGAUACAACAUUUGGAUUUGCGUCAAGCUGGGAUACAACAUUUGGAGCAUCAAGCUGAUUUCCUGAAGAACCAUCAUAUUGCCCUGAUAUCUUUGUUUCUUGGUGGUUUGGUUUCUAUAAAACUUUCUUAUUGUUUCAAUCUCACAAAAUCUGCUUUGUUUGCACUCGUUAGAAAUUGUCAUUCACUUGCUGAGAUUACAAUGGAAAGGUCAGGCAUUGGAAGACAAAGGGUAGAAAGUUCUAAUUCUUUGAAGGAUUUUGAAGUAUACCCUCAAUUAAAGUUUCUAUGUUUGGCUCACAAUUCCUUUAUAAAAAAUAAUGACAUCAUAUUGUUUGCUUCCAUUUUCCCAAAUUUGCAGUAUCUUGAUUUAAGUCAUUGCUAUAGCAUAACUGAAAAAAGUAUUUGUCAAAUUCUGAAAAAAGUAUUUGUCAAAUUCUGA